AUGGAUAAAUCCUUAGAUUUAAGUAGCUUUAAUAAAAAUGAUAGAGAGAAGGUUCUGCGAAAAAUAAAUAAAGCAGAAUAUGAAGAUACUAUGAAUACAUAUAAUUCGAUUGUUGAAAUGUGUUUUAACGAAUGCAUUUCAUCAUUUCGAUCAAAAGAAUUAGAUAACAACGAAAAUAAUUGUAUUUUAAAUUGUGUCAAAAAAUUUUCAGUUUUUUCACAGAGGGUUGGGAUGAAAUUUACUCAAAAUGUUAAUAGCGAAAUGCAAAAAAAAAUAUAA